AAAGAGGAAAGAUUUAAACAUAAUUAAGGUAAAAAAAGGCUUGCACAGAGAACAGAAACAUGAUCUACUUUAGUGCAAUAAUUUCAUGCAUUUUGGCCAGCUUAGUGUUAUAUAUGACUGUUUCAUUCGAGAAAGGACAACUUGUAGAGAGAACUGGUAUGAAAAGCAUCAAGAUAAAGGUCACCAUCUGUGCGGAUCGAUCUACAAUGAUACAAACUGCUCUUUAAUGGCCGCUUUAAUAUGCAAAACUGGAUUCGAAGAACGAGCUAUGAAGGCAAUGAAUACAUUUGAUGAAAUCUCUACAGAAGGCACCGAUGCUAAUACAGCUGUGCAAAAUGAUAAGAAAUGUGAACUUGAUACUUAUUUAGAAUCUGAAAAAUGCAGCGUCAUGGAUGUUACAGAUUAUUGCAGGACUCUUCAUGAACCUGAGGAUUGUGUACGUGAACAGUUUUCAAAAUGUUCCGAAGAUACUCAAAGAGCAUUCUUAAACAUUUAUUACUACAGAACAGAAAUUGAGCAACAUGCGUGUGAUUUGCUUAAUUGAAUAGAUUUUGAAUUACUUUCAGAAAAUGAAAA